AUGGGGGCACCCCCGGGCUACCGACCCUCUGCCUGGGUGCAUCUCCUCCACCAGCUGCCCCGCGCUGACUUCCAGCUCCGACCGGUGCCCAGCGGUUUUGCGCCCCGCGACCAAGAGUACCAGCAGGCUUUGCUGCUGGUGGCAGCCUUGGCUGGGCUGGGUUUGGGCCUGAGCCUCAUCUUCAUCGCUGUCUACCUCAUCCGCUUCUGCUGCUGCAGGCCCCCAGAACCCCCUGGGGCCAAGAGUCCCCCACCCGGAGGAGGCUGUGUUACCUGGAGCUGCAUCGCUGCCCUUCUCGUGGGCUGUGCGGGCAUUGGCAUUGGUUUCUAUGGCAACAGCGAGACCAGCGAUGGGGUGUCCCAGCUCAGCUCAGCACUGCUGCAUGCCAACCACACACUCAGCACCAUUGAUGACUUGGUGCUGGAAACAGUGGAGAGGCUGGGUGAGGCGGUGAGGACUGAGCUGACCACCCUGGAGGAAGUACUAUCAGAACGUGUGGAGCUGGUGGCUGCCACCCGGGGAGCCAGGAGGCAGGCUGAGGCUGUGGCUCAGCACCUUCAGGGACUGGCCUUCUGGCAAGGAGUGUCCCUCAGCCCCGUGCAGGUGGCUGAAGAUGUGACUUUUGUGGAGGAGUACAGGUGGCUGGCCUAUGUCCUCCUGCUGCUCUUGGUGCUGCUGGUUUGCCUCUUCACCCUCUUGGGCCUGGCGAAGCAGAGCAAGUGGCUGGUGGUUGUGAUGACCGCCAUGAGUCUCCUGGUGCUUGUCCUGAGCUGGGGUUCUAUGGGCCUAGAGGCGGCCACAGCUGUGGGCCUCAGUGACUUCUGCUCCAACCCAGACACCUAUGUGCUGAACCUGACCGAGGAGGAGACAGGGCUCAGCUCAGACAUCCUCAACUAUUAUUUCCUGUGCAACCAGGCGGUCUCCAACCCCUUCCAACAGAGGCUGACUCUGUCCCAACGAGCUCUAGCCAGCAUCCACUCCCAGCUGCAGGGCCUGGAGCGGGAAGCUGUCCCUCAGUUCCCUGCAGCACAGAAGCCCUUGUUAUCUUUGGAAGAGAUGCUGAAUGUGACAGAGGGAAGCUUCCACCAGCUGGUGGCACUGUUGCAUUGCCGCAGUCUGCACAAGGACUAUGGCUCGGCACUCCGAGGCCUGUGUGAAGAUGCCCUGGAGGGCCUGCUGUUCCUGAUGCUCUUCUCUCUCCUGUCUGCGGGGGCCCUGGCCACCACCCUUUGCAGCCUGCCCCGUGCCUGGGCCCUCUUCCCGCCCAGUGAUGACUACGAUGACACAGAUGAUGACGACCCUUUCAACCCUCAGGAAUCCAAGCGCUUUGUGCAGUGGCAGUCUUCCAUCUGAGCCUCCCCUCCAGCCUGGAGUGGGCUUUCCUGUUAGCUCCUUUCCUGGCUGCUGGAGAAGGCCCCACUAACCUGACCCUGACUGGGCUCUGACCACUAACACUGCUGGCCAUGGACACCUCACAUAGGAUGACAUUCUGCUUUGGCCCCAACAUUCCCC